UGUCCUCCUCCGCGUCCCGCUUCGCGCCCUCCUCAGCCCGCCUGGCUCGGGGGCGCGACCUGCGAGGUGGAGGGGCCGGGCAGGAGCCGCUCCGGCCGCAGGCACUGACUGGCCACGCCGUGUUCGUGGGAAGACGGGCAGAUCGUCAGAGCGGGGGCGGAGGCUAGAGUAACUGACAGAAUCUAAAAGGAGACAUUCACCAAAUAUGGAAGAGGAUACCAAACCUGUCUUGGUUCCUGUGGGAGGUGAUGAAAGCAAUUAUGGAAUCAUGAAUAUACAGUUUAAUCCAGAAGACUAUAAGUGCAAAAGACCAUUUCACGUGGAGCCCACAAACAUAGUUGGUGUGAAUGAUGACAUGCAAAGAGUCACUGAUGAAGCUUCAGCAAUGAAUAAGCGGAUUCAUUACUAUAGCAGGCUCACAUCCCCUGCAGACAGGGCAUUGAUUGCUCCUGAUCACGUCCUCCCAGCUCCUGAUGAAAUCUAUGUGUACAGUCCAUUAGGAACUGCUUUUAAAGUCAACAGUUGCACAGAUGGCUAUGGUAAAAACUCCAGUCUGGUGACAAUAUUUAUGAUAUGGAAUACCAUGAUGGGUACAUCCAUAUUAAGUAUCCCAUGGGGAAUGAAACAGGCAGGCUUCACUUCUGGAAUUAUUCUCAUCUUACUGAUGGGCAUUUUGACUCUUUAUUGCUGUUACAGAGUUGUGAAAUCACGGCAAAUGAUAUCUUUAACAGAUACCUCAAACUGGGAAUUCCCAGAUGUUUGCAAGUAUUACUUUGGAUCCUUUGGUCAAUGGUCAAGCCUCUUAUUUUCUAUGGUAUCACUUGUUGGAGCCAUGAUUGUUUAUUGGGUACUUAUGUCCAACUUUCUGUUCAAUACAGGGAAAUUUAUAUACAACUUUGUUCAUGACAUUAAUGUAACAGAUAUUGUUCCUGGCACCAAUGGAAGUAACAAAGUCAUUUGUCCAAGUGCUGCUAGUGAUCACCCAUCACAGAACAGGAGUGUGAUGUUCUCUUCUGGCAACAGAACAGGCUUUGAACUCUUUGAGGAAUGGUGGGACAAAUCAGAAACAGUACCAUUUUACCUGAUUGCAGUUCUUCUACCCCUGCUAAAUCUGAAGUCUCCGUCCUUCUUUGCAAAGUUUAAUGUCCUAGGUACAGUUUCAGUUGUCUACUUAGUUUUUCUGGUUACAGUAAAGGCUGCUUAUCUGGGAAUACACUUAGAAUUCAACUGGUUUACAGAGAAUGAAUUUUUUGUACCAGAGUUUAGAAUUCUGUUCCCUCAGCUCACAGGGGUUCUAACACUUGCCUUCUUCAUUCACAAUUGUGUCAUCACACUUCUUCAGAAUAACAGGAAUCAAGAAAACAAUGUGAGAGACCUCUGUAUUGCAUACUUCCUGGUUGGACUAACAUACCUGUAUGUUGGAGUGAUAAUUUUUGCAUCUUUUCCUUCUCCACCAUUAUCCAAAGAAUGUAUUGAACAGAAUUUUCUAGAUAACUUUCCCAGUGAUGACAUCAUGUCAUUUGUUGCAAGAAUAUUCCUGCUGUUCCAAAUGAUGACUGUAUACCCACUGUUGGGCUAUCUGGCACGAGUUCAGCUGUUAAGACAGUUUUUUGGAAAUGCUUACCCAAGCAUCCCAGGUGUCUCAAAUACAGCACAGAAAUCACUGAACUACUCUGGCUCCGGCUUCUCUGCAUUUACAAGCCUUUUUCAUGUGCUUAUCCUGAACCUAGCCAUUGUAGGAGCUGGAGUAGCAAUGGCAAGAUUUUAUCCAAAUAUAGGAGGUAUCAUAAGAUACUCUGGAGCAACAUGUGGUCUGGCCUUUGUGUUCGUGUAUCCAUCACUCAUCUACAUGAUCUCCUUGCACCGUGCUGGGCAACUGACGUGGCCUGCACUGAUUAUUCACAUCUUUAUAAUCCUCCUUGGACUGGCUAAUCUGAUUGCACAAUUCCUAUUGUGAAAACUCCCCUUUCUCCAGUGGUUGUCACAGUUGGUACUGCAAUAUUUGGCAACAGCCUUGAACAACACUGUGAGGCAUGAGGACUGGUCCUCAAUGGGAGGAUCUUGAGAAAAGCUUCACCUUUGAAACAAAUUCAAAACACAUCAUUCAAGUGCUUUACAGGAAACAUGUCUUGCUUCACUGAAAUCACAAUCUUAUGAGAAGUGAAAUGGUUCGCAUUUGAUUGAUAGUUCUCCUAGUUUUGUUGAAGGUACAUCAAAAAUUAACGAUGCUUAAAUAUUUUAAUAUUUUACAGCACAUUUCUCCAAACACAAAGCUUCCAGCCUCAAGCUGUGGAAGUCUUUCCUCCAAAUGAACUGUCCUUACCUUGAUUAGCAGACAUGCUUUCUCAGUAUUGUUCAGUGACUCUUUGAAAUGCUCUUUUUUUGCAGUUAUUUUCCUGAUUUGUUUGGAAAAUGAAGAAUUUAUUGUCUUUCUUCUUUUUUUUUAGGUUAAUUUAUAGUCACUUGGGUCAAAAUGCACUCUUAAUUUUGAAUACACUAUUAAAUUGUUUUGGCAAUAUUUUUCCUCUAGGAAAUUCCAACAACGAGAAACAAUAAACUCAUGUUUCAGUGUUUUAUUCAGAACCAAUAUGUACACAACUUAUUUGUGAUCUUACCAUACAAAAAAGCCAGGAGGAUAAAAAAAAUUAGAAGAAGACAAUUAAAAUCCGUAUUCCAGGCUUGACCUCA